UUUUUAUCCACAUCUUUUAAGCAAUGUAUAGAUGUAGAAUCCCAAGUGAAAACCGUUGGAAGAUUACCAGGGAAAGGAAAGAGACAUUAAUGUCCCCCACAAUAGGUCUUUCAACUGGUAUAUAAAGCCUCACAACAUAAGCAUCAAACUCACAUCCUAGUUUACAAACCAUUCUUAAACUACUACAGAAAUAUCAAACAGUUAUUGUGUGUAUUCUUCUCUUAUUCACAACUCUUCUUCAAAGGAAAAUGAGCUGGUCUGGAGGAGAUUGGAUGUGUGGUGCUUGCGAGCACAUAAAUUUCAAGAAGAGAGAAGCAUGCCAAAAUUGUGGAUACCCAAAGUAUGGAGGCCCUGACCCAUCGACCUAUAGAUAUAACAGGACUGAAACGUUGGCAGGGGACUGGUUUUGCACUUCUAUGAACUGUGGAGCUCACAACUAUGCAAGCCGAUCAAACUGCUAUAGAUGUGGUGCAUUUAAAGAUCCUUAUUCUUCUGGAUAUGGGGGUAACAUGGUGGGUUCUGGAGGAUAUGGAUCAGAUUGUAGUUCUCCCCCAGGAUGGAAAAGUGGAGACUGGAUUUGCCCUAGCAGAAUUGGCUGUGGAAUCCAUAAUUAUGCAAGCAGGACAGAGUGCUACAAAUGCAAAAUGCCAAGGGAUUAUGGUGGUGCAGACUGAAUGUAAAAGAAUUUCAGAAGACUUGCAGUAUCACUAAUAUCUCUCAACAUCUUUCUCCUCCAAACGAAAACCCUAUUUAGCUUUCCCUACAUCAAGCCCUAGAUAAAUUACGAUGAAUGCCAUCUGUUAGAAUCAUAGCAAUGUUUUGUCAUUAGGAAGUAAUGAAGGAUAUCAAGCAGCUAUUGUUUCUUGCUAAAUGUACUAACGAGAAGGUUAAGAAAUGAAAUCCACGUAUAUUUUUCGAA